AUGGAGACACCUAAAAUGAUGGGUGAUAUGUACUCAGUGCAGCAAGGAGUGAAUGAACAUCCACGAACAUUUUUGAGGAGGUAUUUGAAGUUGGUGCGUCAAAUCAACAACGUGGUUAAAACCGUUGCGACAAACUUAUUCAGGGAAAGUUUGCAAAAUGGAUCUUUGUUGAGUGAACAACUUUACUUGAACCCUCCAAGAGACUUAGCAAACAUACAGUUGAGGAGUGAAGAGGUGUUCAAAAUAUUGGAAAUCAGAGAAGAAGAGGCAAGAAGAACCGCGCUAAUCACCAAACUUGCUGAAGGGAAUCCACCCUUGAAGGACAAGAGAGACAAAAGAAGACCAGAGCAACCCUUAUUGAAGAGGGGAGAAAAAGAAGAGCAAAACGUGUACGAGAAGAUGGCGAAAAAAAAAUACCCACAUAUUGAAACCAUAGUACCCAUGAAUCAUAUUUAUAAUGAAAGCAAAGACAAACCAAUAUGGAGGAACCCGUUCAAGAUAAAUUCGCUAAUCGAACGAAGAGACCAUAAUAAAUACUGUCCAUUCCAUAAAGAUGUGAGCCACACGCUUCCAGAGUGCAGAUCAUUGUAUAACCAGGUGAAUCACAUCCUGAGGACGGAUGGACUUCCUCAGUAUGUUAAGAACACACAUAACGUAGCACAAUAG